CUUGCAGACUCGACGGCUUGGUGAGCAGCGCGGGGCUCCCGGCGAAGGCGCGCUUGGGGGGCUCCGGCCAUGCGUUGCGCGGUCCGGAGGCGGCUGUCGAGUAAUUCGGGCUGACCUGCGGGAGGCGAAGCGGGCGGAGAGGAAAAGGAGGAGGCGGAGGCGCGCCGUCGGUCGCCAGCAGCUUGCCCGCCGGCCCGGCCGCCCUCACCAGCGUGCGCCAUGGUGAAAGAGGAGUGCAAAGCGCUGCUGGACGCGCUCAACAAAGUGACUGCCUGCUACCGGCAGCUGGUGCUGACCAUCGGGGGCACCUCGGACUCGCAGAACCUGCGCGAGGAGCUGAAGAAGACCCGGCAGAAAGCCCAGGAGCUGGCGGUGGCCAACCGGAACAAGCUGACGGCGGCCUUGCGGGACAAGACGGUCAGCAAGGAGGACCGGGCGGAGUUCGAGCGGCUCUGGGUCCUCUUCACGUCCUGCAUGGAGAUCUUGGAGACCGACAUGAAGAGGGCCCUGGAGCUGGGCCAGGAGUUCCCCCUCAACGUGCCCAAGAAGCACCUGAUGCAGACGGGCAUGAGCGGCGGCACCUCCGGCGUGGCCGCCCGGGCCAUGAGCGUCCAGAACAUGAAGUACGACGCCGACCACAACAUCGACGUGGUGGACCUGAAAGACCUGGAGAACGAGAUCAACCAGGUCGGGGAGAUGAUGUACGAGAUGGAGAUGAAGGUCAACGUCCCGCAGUGGACGGUGGAGGCCAAGCAGGACCCCGGGGCCGAGCUCAACUCCGCCAUCAGCGUGGCCGCCUCCUCCAUCGGCAUGAUCGAAGUGGAGAGCAAGUCCUAUUGCAAUGCUCGCAAAGCGGUGGCCGGCUCCGUUUUCUCGGCCGUCCUCCUGAUCGCCGUCGUCCUGGCGGUGUGCGUGGUGAAACUCUCCUAAGGGCUGAGGUGCAGGACCCGGGAAAGAUGAUCGGGGGGAGGGAGAGGAGAAGGGGUUUUGCACCCUGAGAAUACAGUUUUUUGCUGAGCCAAGGAUGUACCAGAGUGGAUCUCCCUGCUGGAGAGGGAAGGUGGAAUCUGAUCGGACCCUCAGUGGGGUGGGGAAAGAUCUUUCUUCGCAAUAUUCUAGCUUUAAAGAACAAUUGAUACAAGAUGCACCUCCCUUUGCAAACAGAGGAGAAAAACACACUGUACGUUUACCUGGGAGUAAUCACCACUGAACGCCAUGGGAUUUACUUCUGAGUAGACAUGCCUAGGAUUGAGCCAAGCAUCUGUUUGCUGGCCUCUUUGUGGUUAAUAAUAUGUGGGUAUUAAAACUGCCUGCUGGAGCAGGGAUUUGACUGCUAUUUAUAGAGGACUAUUCUCAGUAACUAAACACCAAUUGUUCACCAAUUGGCUGCAGUUUGCGUCCCUUUUUAUCCACAGCACAGGAUUUGAGGGUGGGCAUGAAUUAGGUGGCAAAGUGGAAGGACUUCAGGGAUUUAUAUAUUUUUCCUCCUACGAACAUAAAGGAUGCGGAGUCCUGAGAAAAACAAAUCUCUUAUCCUUCAAAAGGAAGUAACCAACUGUAUUUUUUUAUCCUUUGGAGCUAAGGUUGAGAAUCUGGUGUUUAGAACCAAAUGGUGUGCAGACCUGAACUGUAUGUGCAGGAACAAAUGCAAGGCAAUCCAGGUCUGCAGAGAAAACGAUUUAUACAUCAGUUACUGAGAUCUUAAGACAUCCAGUUUUCAGUUCCCUAUUUUAUUACAUGUUCUUGGGCAGAGCCCCUGGUUCAUUGUUAAAACCCAUAAGCCCAUUCCGGGGGGAAGGGGGCACACAGGUUCAUUCCCCCCCCACUCCCAUUGGGUUAAAGGCCAUAGGUGCUACACUUCUGACCAUCCUUACCAGAAAGUACGCCACAUUGUAUUUAGUAAGGUUGUC